UUCCGGUGGCGCCGGCGUGGCACCCGCAGGAUUUCUGGGCCGGUUGGUGUGCGCUUGCUGUGCGGUACUCAGCAGGCUCGUCGUCUUCCGCCGAGCCCUGGCCUUUGGCCAAGCAGUCUGUAGGGAGGGCCUGGACGGCGCUCCACUGGAGCUGCGCCAAUGCCAGCAGUGCUGGGAUUCGAAGGUAGUGCCAACAAGAUUGGCGUGGGAGUGGUGCGAGAUGGCCGGGUGCUGGCCAAUCCGCGGCGGACGUACGUCACGCCUCCGGGCACCGGUUUCCUUCCAGGUGAUACUGCUAGGCACCACCGAACUGUUAUCCUAGAUCUGCUGCAGGAGGCACUGGCAGAAGCUGGACUAACCUCCCAGGACAUUGAUUGUAUUGCUUUUACCAAAGGUCCUGGCAUGGGUGCUCCAUUGGUUUCUGUAGCUGUUGUUGCCCGUACUAUAGCCCAGCUGUGGAACAAACCCUUGCUGGGAGUGAACCAUUGUAUAGGUCACAUUGAAAUGGGCCGCCUCAUCACUGGAGCCACUAACCCAACUGUGCUGUAUGUCAGCGGAGGAAAUACUCAGGUGAUUGCCUACUCAGAGCAUCGUUACCGAAUCUUCGGGGAAACCAUUGAUAUUGCUGUGGGCAAUUGUUUGGAUCGUUUUGCUCGAGUGCUGAAGAUUUCCAAUGACCCAAGUCCAGGCUACAACAUUGAACAGAUGGCAAAGCGAGGCAAGAAGCUAGUCGAGCUGCCAUACACUGUAAAGGGGAUGGAUGUUUCAUUUUCAGGGAUUCUGUCUUUCAUUGAGGAUGUAGCCCAGCGGAUGUUGGCCACAGGCGAGUGUACUCCUGAGGAUCUGUGUUUUUCCCUGCAGGAAACUGUGUUUGCCAUGCUGGUAGAGAUUACAGAGCGAGCCAUGGCACAUUGUGGCUCCCAGGAAGCCCUCAUUGUGGGAGGAGUAGGAUGUAAUAUGAGAUUACAGGAGAUGAUGGAGACAAUGUGUCAGGAACGUGAAGCCAAGCUUUUUGCCACAGAUGAGAGGUUCUGCAUUGACAAUGGAGCCAUGAUAGCUCAGGCUGGCUGGGAGAUGUUUCAGGCUGGACUCAGGACACCCCUCAAUGAUUCUGGGGUAACACAGAGGUAUCGGACAGAUGAAGUAGAAGUGACAUGGAGGGACUAACAAGAGUAACAAGAUCAGAACAGAUAGUUCCCUAGUGGAGCUCAGAGGAUCCUGGGGCUUUAAUCUCUGCCCUGGGAAUAUUGGCAGUACGGUGGACUUCUCUCUCCGGUGGUCAAGAUAUGGACUCACAAGACUUAAAGUUCCCGAGAAUCUCCAGAUGACUUGGCAAUAAAAUAUUUUUUGGUUUUGUA